GCUGCACUCUAAUCAAUGUGGGAGAAAACCGACGCCUCCUCGUUGUGAGCGCAAUUGUAACCCUGACAUCGGAGAAUCAUGAAGGUCGCUGUCUGUCUCCUCCUGGCCGUGACCGUGGCGUAUGCCGCCCCGAGAGACCAGUCCCUCUGCGGCCCUGUCUGUAUGAUAUACUGCCCUUUCGGCAACGUCCUCGACAGCAACGGCUGCCCCACCUGCAGUUGCAACUGGCCAACAUCCAACGCCCCCUCGGUGGAAAAGAAGGCUCUCUGCUUUAACGCCCAAAUGGCCUUGUGUGACUUGUGGUGUCCUUCGGGGAGGAUGGCUCACGACGCCAACGGCUGCCCCCUCUGCAAGUGUGAUAACACCAUAAUCCUACCUCAUCGGAGAAUCAUGAAGGUCGCUGUCUGUCUCCUCCUGGCCGUGACCGUGGCGUAUGCCGCCCCGAGUGAUCGGGCUGUGUGCGGCCCUUUCUGUAUGAUCUACUGCCCUUUCGGCAACGUCCUUAAUAGCAACGGCUGUCCCACCUGCAGUUGCAACUCUUCACCGGCUGAGAAGAGCAAGGCAUGUUUGGGGGUGAUGUGUCUCAUCCACUGUCAAUUGGGAUUCAAACUCGGGUCCGACGGCUGCCAAGGGUGUGCCUGUAACACAGUGACACCCCUGCCGACCAUUACGCCACCAUCCACGACGAUGGUGAUGCGGGUGAGGAGACUGUGACACGCCAUACCAACGAUGAUGGCUGUCAGUAAUGGGCGUGGAAACAGGAAUCGCAUAAACAACAUGUUUUACUCAAAUUAUUUGAAAUAUUGAAGUGUUUUUCUGAUAGUGGUAAGGAAAGCCUACAUUUUGAAAAAGUAAAUUUUGAAAAAGU